AUGGCUUCAUAUGAGGAAGUAGAUAGCUUGUUCGAAAAUGCCAUGAAAGGCCAGUGGGGAAAGGUGGUGGAGACCUACAGAAAUUGUUCCAAGGCUCGAGAGGCCAACAUAACCAAAUCAAAAGAGACUGCCCUACACAUAGCAAUUGCAGAUGGCCAAACAGAAACCGCACUGGACUUGUUGAACAUCAUUGCCAAUGGAGAAAAUGCCUUAAACAUAUUGAAAAUAGGAAAUGAGAAAGGCAACACAGCUCUCCAUCUAGCUGCUAGGCUUGGCUAUGCCCAAGUGUGUCAAAGCAUGGUUACCAAAGAUCGCAGCCUUGUCUCCCUUCGCAACGUCAACGGUGAGACCCCUCUCUUCUUGGCAGCUCGUAAUGGCCAGACUAAAGCUUUCCUUUGCCUUCACUCUCACUGCCAAGAAAAAUACCAUUCCUUUAGAGACAAUCAUGGUGAUACCAUUCUCCAUGCUGCUAUCUCUGGUGAAUACUUCAGUUUGGCAUUUCAGAUUAUUCGGUUGUACCCGGAACUUGUUAACUCUAUGAAUGAAAAUGGUUUCUCUCCCCUGCAUAUUCUGGCCAGUAAGCCUAGUGCAUUCAAAAGCAGUAGUCGCCUUGGACUGACUGGUCAUAUUAUAUACCAUUGUUUGAUUGUUGAAGAGCUCAAAGAGGAAUCAUAUGAAUACGAAGCUUGUCUGCACAACGAAGGAGCACAAAACAAUUCUAAAUAUCCAGAAAACUAUGAAACGUGCAUGAGCUUCGCUCGAGUUCUGAGGAGUUUCAUUCAAGUGUUAACAAACACACGAGGAAACCAGAAUUGGAAGCUUUGCUCACUCCUUCGAGCUAAUGGAGGAAAUAAAACUGGCAAAAAUGCUGCUGAUGACGAAGAGAAUCCCCAACAACGGAGCAGCUCAGUGAUAAAGGCCAGUCCAGAAGCAUCCUCUUCUGCAAUGAGAUUACAAUCAAAAGGAGUAUCAGAUGCAAAGAGUUCAAGAUCAACUGAUGCAGGAGGCACUUCAGGAUUAUCUUCGUCAGUGAAGAAGUCGGAAUCAAAAGGUACAAACAAACCACAUGAACAGGGGGGAAGAAAUUAUUCGUAUCCGCCCAAUUACGCCUCACUAAUUCUAUUCUUCAAGCUUAUGAUGAAGGCCAUGCUAAUUAUUCUGGGAAUUGGCAUUUGGAAGAUAAAGAAAAUCCAAGAAAGGAAAGAGCGACAUAUAUGGGCUAAUCAGGUCAUGAAUGAACUGGUUCGGCAUACUUCUUUAUACAAGUAUCAAAAUACUGGACAAAAUCCCCAUCAACCAAACAAAGAUAAAGAAGAAUGUGAUGUUCCUAAUCCUAUCUUGUUAGACCAAGCCCCGUCUUCAGCAGCCGAUCAUGAACCAUCUAAAGGUGGAAAUAAAAAUGUUGAAACGAAUCUGUCGUCCUCAAACCAAAACAAGUAUCAGAUAGAGAGUGAUCAGAAUCAACCAGCACAUGAUUACAAACUUGGACUCAAAAACGGUAAAGAGAGGAAGGACAACAAACCCUUGGGAGAUAAGAAGAAUGGAAAUUGUGAAGCAGAUAAAAAGCAGACACCAAUAUUAAUUGCAGCAAAGAUGGGAGUGACAGAAAUGGUAGAAACAAUCCUAGACAAGUUCCCAGUGGCCAUCCAGGAUGUGGACUCUGAUAACAAGAAUGUUGUACUGUUAGCAGUUGAGAACAGGCAACCCCAUGUUUACAAUCUCCUGCGGAAGAGAAAGAUACUAAAAGAGAGCUUGUUGCGUCAGUUGGACAACCAAGGUAACAGCGCUUUACAUCUUGCCGCUAGAUGUGGACAGUACCGGCCUUGGCUUAUUCCAGGUGCUGCAUUGCAAAUGCAAUGGGAAAUCAAGUGGUAUAAGUUUGUCAAAAGCUCAAUGCCACAUGGUUUCUUUGUUCGCUACAACAAAAAAGGCCAGACCCCAAAGGAGAUCUUCAUAACUUCUCACCAAAAUCUUAUAAAAGAAGGCAGCAAAUGGCUAACUAAAACCUCGGAGUCGUGCUCUGUGGUUGCAGCUCUCAUUGCAACGGUUGCAUUCGCAACAUCAGCAACUGUCCCAGGUGGACUUAAUCAGAAUACAGGUGAACCAAUUCUUAAAGACGAGUCAGCAUUCGGUGCCUUCACCAUCUCAUCACUGACUGCUCUCUGCUUCUCAGUAACUUCCCUGGUCUUCUUUCUUUCAAUUCUCACUUCUAGAUACGAAGAGAGAGAUUUUUCAAUGGGGUUGCCUCGGAAACUUUUGCUGGGUCUAACAUCACUCUUCGCAUCAAUAGCUUCCAUGUUAGUCUCAUUCUGCACAGGGCAUAUCUUUGUCCUCAAACAUCAACUGAGAUAUGUGGCAUAUCCAUUGUAUGCAGCGACUUGCUUGCCGGUCACCUUUUUCGCUCUUGCACAGCUGCCCCUCUACUUUGAUCUCAUGAGGGCCAUCAUCAGAAAGGUACCACAGCGGAGCUAUAAGGUCUCUCCACACUAG